CCUAUUAGUGGUAUCAGAGCAACUACUGCUCUCACGAGUCUUGAUCAUGGCCACUCACGAUGAAUCCCCCAACUCUGCUGCAUCCAAAACCUCCCCAAACUCUGUUGCAACUGUUCUCAAUCCUGGACUCACCAAAAAUCCAUUGUCUUUCAAUUUCGCUGCAUUCCCUGUAAAGCUAACGCCCACCAACUAUAUGUCUUGGGGGGCUCAAUUUACUUCUUUGCUUGCAGGUUAUGAACUAGAUGGCUACCUUGAUGGCAGGAACCCCUGUCCAGUUGCAACCGCACUAGAGUAUAGCCUGUGGGCUCGUCAAAAUCAACUCUUGCGACAUGCUCUUAUCACCACUGUCUCAGAGAACAUUACCCCUUAUAUCGCUGCUGCUGCCACAGCACAACAGGCAUGGGAAACAUUAGCGAGGCUCUAUGCUAAUCGUUCUCGCAGUCGGGUGAUCACUUUGAAGGAACGUCUCCAAAAUAUGAGACGUGAUGGCCGCUUCUCUUCGAGCACAGGACUCCUCUUUCCUUUGAUGACUUGCAUGACAGAUUGGUCCCGCCCUGAGAUCACACCGGUGACAGCUCAUUAUGCCGCUGCUUCCUUUAAUUUCAGUACUGAUUCCUCUUCUUCAUUGAGUGCAGGCAACUCUAAUUCUUCUCUUGGCCGCCACCCUCCACAAGCAUUCUGUGGCAAUCGGAAUGGGCAGAACUCUUCCAAUCGUGGCAAUCAAAACCAGUGUCAUAAUUUCGGACCCAAACCCACAACUCGACCCACUAAUUCAGGUUGCCAAUUGUGUGGUCCUGCAGGCCACUUUGCUCGAAAUUGCCCCAACUAUCGUGUGCAGGCUCUUGGGUCCAUGGCAAAUUUGGCCUCCUCCUCUGCUGCCUUUUUUUAUGACUGCCUAUUGGAUUCUGGUGCCAACAACCAUGUGACCACUGAGUUGGCUAACUUGGUACUUCAUUUUAAAUACAAUGGUCAUGAUGAGCUUCAUAGUGGUGAUGGAAUAGGUUUGAAAAUCACACAUGUGAGACACUCCACACUAUCUACCUCUCAAUCCUCUUUAUCUUUGCGUAAUGUUUAUCCUCUUUAUCUUUGCUUAAUGUUUCUACCCCUCGCAAUUUAAUUUUUAUCUCUCAGUUGUGUAAACAUGCUAAUGUUUAUGUUGAAUUUCAUGCAAAUUAUUUCUUGGUGAAGGAUUGCUACACGAACGAGACAUUACUCUAAGGGCCAAACAUUUAUGGGAUUUAUCAAAUACCGAGAAAGCACUAGUAAGAGAGUGUACUUCUUUGGCGAUUUGGCAUUUACGCUUAGGUCAUCCCUCUAUGAAAACCCCUAAACAAAUUACUAAUGUUUCCAAUUUAUCAUUAUUGAAUAAAAUAAAGUUUUCAUU